GCGCCCCCCGCCCGCGCCCGGAAGUCGCCCCGCCGCCGGCGUUCGCCAGGGGAAGCCCGGAGCCGCCGGGACUCGGCCGCGCCUCGGACCCGCCAGGCCGCGCACCGGGGGGCCUGCCGCUCCCGAUGUUGCUCCUGCCGCCGCGGCCGCCCCACCCUCGGUCCUCCUCCCCAGAGGCCAUGGACCCACCGCCCCCCAAGGCUCCCCCUUUCCCCAAGGCGGAAGGCCCCUCCUCCACCCCCUCUUCGGCAGCGGGGUCCCGAACCCCGCGGCUGGGCCGCCACCUGCUCAUCGACGCCAACGGCAUCCCCUACACGUACACGGUGCAGCUGGAGGAGGAGCCGCGGGGUCCGCCGCAGCGCGAGGCGCCGCCGGGAGAGCCGGGCUCCCGCAAGGGCUACAGCUGCCCGGAGUGCGCACGGGUCUUCGCGAGCCCCCUGCGGCUGCAGAGCCACCGCGUGUCGCACUCGGACCUCAAGCCCUUCACGUGCGGCGCCUGCGGCAAGGCCUUCAAGCGCUCCAGCCACCUGUCGCGCCACCGCGCCACGCACCGCGCCCGCGCGGGGCCGCACAACUGCCCGCUGUGCCCGCGCCGCUUCCAGGACGCGGCCGAGCUGGCGCAGCACGUGCGGCUGCACUGA